AUGCCCAUCCAAGCUUUUAUCUUCUGCGGUAAGGGUUCCAGCCUGGCUCCUUUCACACAGCCUGAUUUCCCGUUUCAAGCGCAGAACGAUGACAGCGCUGCUACUACCAACAGCGACAAGCUCAAUGAGUUUGCCAAGAAUGCUCUAGGUGCAGGUGUCAUCAAUGAGUUCAUGCAACAUUCUACGCGCUUGCCCAAGGCUCUUUUGCCCAUUGGCAACAGACCUAUGAUCGAAUACGUCUUGGAUUGGUGUGACCAGGCGGAUUUUAAAGAGAUCAAUGUGGUGGCAGGUGUUGACGAAAUUGAAUUGAUUGAAAGUGGGCUAGCCGCGUUUUUGUCCCUUAGAAAGCAACAGUUCGAAUUGAUUUAUAAGGCAUUGUCGAGUUCCAACCACAGUCACCACUUGCAAGAACCUAAGAAGAUCAAUUUCAUUCCUUCCAAGACCAAUUCCACAGGCGAGUCCUUGCAAAAAGAGUUACUACCUAGAAUCCACGGCGACUUCGUACUCUUGCCUUGUGAUUUUGUCACAGAUAUACCUCCACAAAUCUUGGUUGAUCAGUUCAGGAAUAGAGAUGAUAACAAUCUAGCAAUGACUAUCUACUAUAAGAACUCCUUGGAUAGUAACAUCGAUAAAAAGCAACAGCAAAAGCAAAAGCAGCAAAAAUUUUUUACUGUGUAUUCAGAAAAUGAAGACUCGGAGAGACAGCCAAUACUAUUAGACAUCUACUCUCAGAGGGACGUUACCAAGACUAAAUAUUUACAGAUCAGAUCUCAUUUACUGUGGAACUACCCAAAUUUGACCAUAUCUACCAAAUUGAUGAACUCCUUUAUUUACUUUUGCUCUUUUGAAAUUUGCCAAUUGCUAAGAUUAGGGUCUCAAUCAAUGUCAAGACAAGCUUCAUUCAAAGAUCCAUUUAGUGGAAAUCAGCAGGAUCACAACCCUUCCACCACCGACGACGAUGAAGACCGUAAUCGUGACGACGACGACGACGACGACGGUUACAAACCCUCAAUCGCAUCUAUCCAACCCACAUAUUUCAAGAAAAAGAACGCUCUUAUUCUGGACCCGCUAAACUGUAAUAAAUCAUUGAGUAAACUCUUUAGAGAUUUAUCCCGUCGUUCAUGGCAACAUUCCAAACCAAGAGAACCAAUAGGUAUCUUCAUUUUACCAGACGAAACCUCGUUCGUCAGAGCCAAUAACCUGAACACAUACAUGGAUGCAAAUAGAUUUGUCUUGAAAAUAAAAUCUCAAACAAUGUUCACUAAAAAUAUACAAAUCCAAUCCGCAGCCAUUGGUGCUGAUGCCAUCGUAGACCCUAAAUGUCAGAUUUCGGCCCACAGUAAUGUCAAAAUGUCGGUUGUCGGUACCCAGGCUAAUAUUGGUUCCAGAUGCCGUAUUGCUGGGUCUCUCUUGUUCCCAGGUGUCCAAUUAGGUGACGAAGUCAUUUUGGAAAACUGUAUUGUUGGACCCAUGGCCAAGAUCGGCUCUAAGUGUAAACUCACCAAUUGUUACAUUGAAGGUCAUUAUAUCGUAGAGUCCAAAAAUAACUAUAAAGGUGAAACGUUGGCCAAAGUUUAUUUGGACGAGGAUGAGGAUAACGGAUUGGUAUAUGAUGAUAGUGUCAUCGCGGGUGAAAGUGAAGAUUCCGAGGAUGCUGAUAGUGACGAAAGAAGCGAUGAAGAUUCUGAUGAUGGUGAGUACACUGACGAGUAUGAAGAUGAUGGGCUGUUUGAACGUUGA